CUCACAUACAGAUUUGUUGUUAUGUUCAGCAAAAAAUAUGAUCAGUGAAGAGUUACGAGAAUACAAUCUGCAGAAUGAGGCAGCUCAGAGGGAUCUGGAUAAAUUAGACGCAGAGGAGCUUCAUCUUGACGAAUUACUGAACAAGAAGCAAGAUACUCUUCAAAUGCUACAGCUGCAAUGUGACAAAAACGGAGCAGAAAACCAGAGACAGCAACAGCUCUCAGAGGAAUGCAAGCAGAGGAUUGAGGAUUUGGUCUCUAAAAUACAAGAAGAAAAACUAAAGCACAGAAAACAAAGGAUGGAGUUUGAGAAAGCAUUGGAGGAGUUGAUGGAAAAGCACAAAGGCCUUUGGGAGUUCCAUGUAAGGAACGUUCUGUCAGAAUCCGUGUGA